GGCUCGAAUGCCCUGAACAAAUCAAUGCAGGGCUUAUGGUCGACGCAUCGUCGCUCGAAAAUCAACUUGAAUGCCCCGAUAUCUGCAUCCGCGCCCGGCUUGCCUCCGUCCAUUCCUAUGACCGACCCGGUGGAACCAAAUGCUCUUGUUGAGCAGCAAGAACCGGAGGCAUCUAACUCUGCUACCGCACCUCAAGCUCAGGACAUUGAUCCACCAGUAUCCGAUGUCCGCACUAGUACAACGAGUGGCAAACGACGACUACGGCGUCAGGCGGGUGAGGAGAGCAAUAAGCGAGCGAAGCUGUCCAAUGCAUCGGGCUCGACGGCGAAGGAUUACUCGCCCCCUACGAUGCGUCUCUCGGACCUGGGGGGUGUCGAUGCGUGCAUCGAGAAAAUGCUCGAACUCGUCGCCAUGCCGCUGUGCCAUCCCGAAAUUUACAUACACACGGGAGUGCAGCCGCCACGGGGAGUAUUGCUGCACGGGCCCCCUGGCUGUGGGAAGACACUCUUGGCGCAUGCUAUCGCAGGGGAACUUGGUGUACCGUUCAUCAGUAUCUCAGCGCCCUCUGUAGUUUCUGGUAUGUCGGGCGAGUCCGAGAAAACUCUUCGGGACACUUUUGAGGAAGCGAAGCGAGUGGCUCCUUGUCUUCUUUUCAUUGAUGAGAUUGAUGCAAUUACGCCCAAGCGCGAGAGUGCGCAGAGAGAAAUGGAGCGCCGGAUAGUUGCGCAAUUUCUCACUUGUAUGGAUGACAUGUCGUGGGAUAAGACGGACAACAAGCCUAUUGUCGUGAUCGGUGCAACGAAUCGACCUGACUCGCUUGAUGCGGCUUUGCGUCGUGCAGGUCGUUUUGAUCAUGAGAUAAGUAUGGGUGUCCCAGACGACGAUGCACGAGCCCAAAUCUUGCGCGUCCUUUGCUCCAAGCUGCGGCUGGAGGGAGAAUUCGAUUACAUAGCCCUGGCGAAGGCGACACCAGGAUAUGUUGGGGCCGAUCUAACAGCACUUACGGGAGCUGCUGGUAUCAUUGCUGUGAAGCGCAUCUUCAAGCAGAUAUCGGAGGGGACGCUCAUCCUCCCAGAUAUCGUCGAUUCGCAAGCAAACGCCACCGAUGCAGACGCGUCUAUGCAGAUUGACUCACCACAGCUUGCAUCCAUCCCUCUAGCGUCGCAGCUGUCUGCACCACAAAAUGCGCCCAAGGCGGUACCAUUCUCCACGGUAGACCUGUCCGCGCAUACAGCUGCGAGCUCCAUCGUUCACUUUCUCCGUGCUCAUCCCGAUCCUCUCACCGAGGCACAACUCGCCCCGCUCUGCAUCACGCCAGCAGAUUUCAUACUCGCCUUGAAGCAGGUGCAGCCAUCCUCCAAGCGCGAGGGCUUCGCAACUGUCCCGGACGUCACUUGGGCGGAUAUCGGAGCGCUUCAUGGCACGCGCGAGGAGCUGCACAUGGCAAUCGUGCAGCCGAUCAAGCGGCCGGAGCUGUUCAGUGCCGUUGGCAUCGAGGCGGCGUGCGGCGUGCUGUUGUGGGGCCCACCUGGGUGCGGGAAGACGUUACUGGCGAAGGCUGUGGCGAACGAGUCGCGAGCCAACUUCAUUAGCGUGAAGGGUCCUGAACUGCUGAACAAGUAUGUAGGCGAAAGUGAGAGAGCAGUCAGACAAGUGUUCUCUCGCGCUCGUGCUUCUGCACCGUGUGUAAUAUUCUUUGAUGAGCUGGAUGCACUCGUCCCUCGCCGCGAUGAUAACAUGUCCGAAUCCUCCGCCCGCGUCGUCAACACCCUUCUGACCGAGCUAGAUGGGCUUGACGCACGCAAGAGCGUUUAUGUCAUUGCAGCAACCAAUCGCCCAGACAUGAUCGACCCGGCUAUGUGCCGUCCAGGUCGACUUGAUAAACUGCUGUACGUCGACCUGCCCAAGGCGAGCGAGCGCACAGAGAUCGUGCGCACGAUGACACGCAAGGUGCCCCUGGGUGAUGCUGGUGAUAGCGCGGCGAGAGCUAGGGCAGCUAUCGAGACCCUUGUCCGGGAGAAAUGCGACGGCUACAGCGGAGCGGACCUUGCAGCGCUAGUGCGAGAAGCAGGCGUUGUAGCGCUCAAGCGCACGUUGGGUACACUGGAUGCCCUAGAGGAAAGUGGCAUGGACGGCGGCCCGACGAAGGAGAUCCGAGUCCAGGUGCUUGUCGACGACUUCUUCGCAGCAUUGGAGAAGGUGCAGCCAAGCGUCUCACUCGCGCAGAGGCGGAAAUACGAGGCGCUCCGCUCCAAGUUUUCUGGUCUGCCCGUCCGGGUAGGCAAGGAGGAGGACGAAAAGCGGGUUGAGGCGACUGUGCGAUAGAGUUGCUGGAGUAUAUCCAAAAAUAUUGUACAGUAACCGUACAGUAACAGGCUUUCGAAUG